AUGGCAGUCAGCACGGUGGAGACUCGGGGAGGGGGAAGGGAGGCAGCGGAGAGGGGAAGGGAGGCAGCGGAGAGGGGAAGGGAGGCAGCGGAGAGGGGAAGGGAGGCAGCGGAGAGGGGAAGGGAGGCAGCGGAGAGGGGAAGGGAGGCAGCGGAGAGGGGAAGGGAGGCAGCGGAGAGGGGAAGGGAGGCAGCGGAGAGGGGAAGGGAGGCAGCGGAGAGGGGAAGGGAGGCAGCGGAGAGGGGAAGGGAGGCAGCGGAGAGGGGAAGGGAGGCAGCGGAGAGGGGAAGGGAGGCAGCGGAGAGGGGAAGGGAGGCAGCGGAGAGGGGAAGGGAGGCAGCGGAGAGGGGAAGGGAGGCAGCGGGAGGGGAAGGGAGGCAGCGGAGAGGGGAAGGGAGGCAGCGGAGAGGGGAAGGGAGGCAGCGGAGAGGGGAAGGGAGGCAGCGGAGAGGGGAAGGGAGGCAGCGGAGAGGGGAAGGGAGGCAGCGGAGAGGGGAAGGGAGGCAGCGGAGAGGGGAAGGGAGGCAGCGGAGAGGGGAAGGGAGGCAGCGGAGAGGGGAAGGGAGGCAGCGGAGAGGGGAAGGGAGGCAGCGGAGAGGGGAAGGGAGGCAGCGGAGAGGGGAAGGGAGGCAGCGGAGAGGGGAAGGGAGGCAGCGGAGAGGGGAAGGGAGGCAGCGGAGAGGGGAAGGGAGGCAGCGGAGAGGGGAAGGGAGGCAGCGGAGAGGGGAAGGGAGGCAGCGGAGAGGGGAAGGGAGGCAGCGGAGAGGGGAAGGGAGGCAGCGGAGAGGGGAAGGGAGGCAGCGGAGAGGGGAAGGGAGGCAGCGGAGAGGGGAAGGGAGGCAGCGGAGAGGGGAAGGGAGGCAGCGGAGAGGGGAAGGGAGGCAGCGGAGAGGGGAAGGGAGGCAGCGGAGAGGGGAAGGGAGGCAGCGGAGAGGGGAAGGGAGGCAGCGGAGAGGGGAAGGGAGGCAGCGGAGAGGGGAAGGGAGGCAGCGGAGAGGGGAAGGGAGGCAGCGGAGAGGGGAAGGGAGGCAGCGGAGAGGGGAAGGGAGGCAGCGGAGAGGGGAAGGGAGGCAGCGGAGAGGGGAAGGGAGGCAGCGGAGAGGGGAAGGGAGGCAGCGGAGAGGGGAAGGGAGGCAGCGGAGAGGGGAAGGGAGGCAGCGGAGAGGGGAAGGGAGGCAGCGGAGAGGGGAAGGGAGGCAGCGGAGAGGGGAAGGGAGGCAGCGGAGAGGGGAAGGGAGGCAGCGGAGAGGGGAAGGGAGGCAGCGGAGAGGGGAAGGGAGGCAGCGGAGAGGGAAGGGAGGCAGCGGAGAGGGGAAGGGAGGCAGCGGAGAGGGGAAGGGAGGCAGCGGAGAGGGGAAGGGAGGCAGCGGAGAGGGGAAGGGAGGCAGCGGAGAGGGGAAGGGAGGCAGCGGAGAGGGGAAGGGAGGCAGCGGAGAGGGGAAGGGAGGCAGCGGAGAGGGGAAGGGAGGCAGCGGAGAGGGGAAGGGAGGCAGCGGAGAGGGGAAGGGAGGCAGCGGAGAGGGGAAGGGAGGCAGCGGAGAGGGGAAGGGAGGCAGCGGAGAGGGGAAGGGAGGCAGCGGAGAGGGGAAGGGAGGCAGCGGAGAGGGGAAGGGAGGCAGCGGAGAGGGGAAGGGAGGCAGCGGAGAGGGGAAGGGAGGCAGCGGAGAGGGGAAGGGAGGCAGCGGAGAGGGGAAGGGAGGCAGCGGAGAGGGGAAGGGAGGCAGCGGAGAGGGGAAGGGAGGCAGCGGAGAGGGAAGGGAGGCAGCGGAGAGGGGAAGGGAGGCAGCGGAGAGGGGAAGGGAGGCAGCGGAGAGGGGAAGGGAGGCAGCGGAGAGGGGAAGGGAGGCAGCGGAGAGGGGAAGGGAGGCAGCGGAGAGGGGAAGGGAGGCAGCGGAGAGGGGAAGGGAGGCAGCGGAGAGGGGAAGGGAGGCAGCGGAGAGGGGAAGGGAGGCAGCGGAGAGGGGAAGGGAGGCAGCGGAGAGGGGAAGGGAGGCAGCGGAGAGGGGAAGGGAGGCAGCGGAGAGGGGAAGGGAGGCAGCGGAGAGGGGAAGGGAGGCAGCGGAGAGGGGAAGGGAGGCAGCGGAGAGGGGAAGGGAGGCAGCGGAGAGGGGAAGGGAGGCAGCGGAGAGGGGAAGGGAGGCAGCGGAGAGGGGAAGGGAGGCAGCGGAGAGGGGAAGGGAGGCAGCGGAGAGGGGAAGGGAGGCAGCGGAGAGGGGAAGGGAGGCAGCGGAGAGGGGAAGGGAGGCAGCGGAGAGGGGAAGGGAGGCAGCGGAGAGGGGAAGGGAGGCAGCGGAGAGGGGAAGGGAGGCAGCGGAGAGGGGAAGGGAGGCAGCGGAGAGGGGAAGGGAGGCAGCGGAGAGGGGAAGGGAGGCAGCGGAGAGGGGAAGGGAGGCAGCGGAGAGGGGAAGGGAGGCAGCGGAGAGGGGAAGGGAGGCAGCGGAGAGGGGAAGGGAGGCAGCGGAGAGGGGAAGGGAGGCAGCGGAGAGGGGAAGGGAGGCAGCGGAGAGGGGAAGGGAGGCAGCGGAGAGGGGAAGGGAGGCAGCGGAGAGGGGAAGGGAGGCAGCGGAGAGGGGAAGGGAGGCAGCGGAGAGGGGAAGGGAGGCAGCGGAGAGGGAAGGGAGGCAGCGGAGAGGGGAAGGGAGGCAGCGGAGAGGGGAAGGGAGGCAGCGGAGAGGGGAAGGGAGGCAGCGGAGAGGGGAAGGGAGGCAGCGGAGAGGGGAAGAGAGGGGAAGGGAGGCAGCGGAGAGGGGAAGGGAGGCAGCGGAGAGGGGAAGGGAGGCAGCGGAGAGGGGAAGGGAGGCAGCGGAGAGGGGAAGGGAGGCAGCGGAGAGGGGAAGGGAGGCAGCGGAGAGGGGAAGGGAGGCAGCGGAGAGGGGAAGGGAGGCAGCGGAGAGGGGAAGGGAGGCAGCGGAGAGGGGAAGGGAGGCAGCGGAGAGGGGAAGGGAGGCAGCGGAGAGGGGAAGGGAGGCAGCGGAGAGGGGAAGGGAGGCAGCGGAGAGGGGAAGGGAGGCAGCGGAGAGGGGAAGGGAGGCAGCGGAGAGGGAGGGAGGCAGCGGAGAGGGGAAGGGAGGCAGCGGAGAGGGGAAGGGAGGCAGCGGAGAGGGGAAGGGAGGCAGCGGAGAGGGGAAGGGAGGCAGCGGAGAGGGGAAGGGAGGCAGCGGAGAGGGGAAGGGAGGCAGCGGAGAGGGGAAGGGAGGCAGCGGAGAGGGGAAGGGAGGCAGCGGAGAGGGGAAGGGAGGCAGCGGAGAGGGGAAGGGAGGCAGCGGAGAGGGGAAGGGAGGCAGCGGAGAGGGGAAGGGAGGCAGCGGAGAGGGGAAGGGAGGCAGCGGAGAGGGGAAGGGAGGCAGCGGAGAGGGGAAGGGAGGCAGCGGAGAGGGGAAGGGAGGCAGCGGAGAGGGGAAGGGAGGCAGCGGAGAGGGGAAGGGAGGCAGCGGAGAGGGGAAGGGAGGCAGCGGAGAGGGGAAGGGAGGCAGCGGAGAGGGGAAGGGAGGCAGCGGAGAGGGGAAGGGAGGCAGCGGAGAGGGGAAGGGAGGCAGCGGAGAGGGGAAGGGAGGCAGCGGAGAGGGGAAGGGAGGCAGCGGAGAGGGGAAGGGAGGCAGCGGGAGAGGGGAGGGAGGCAGCGGAGAGGGGAAGGGAGGCAGCGGAGAGGGGAAGGGAGGCAGCGGAGAGGGGAAGGGAGGCAGCGGAGAGGGGAAGGGAGGCAGCGGAGAGGGGAAGGGAGGCAGCGGAGAGGGGAAGGGAGGCAGCGGAGAGGGGAAGGGAGGCAGCGGAGAGGGAAGGGAGGCAGCGGAGAGGGGAAGGGAGGCAGCGGAGAGGGGAAGGGAGGCAGCGGAGAGGGGAAGGGAGGCAGCGGAGAGGGGAAGGGAGGCAGCGGAGAGGGGAAGGGAGGCAGCGGAGAGGGGAAGGGAGGCAGCGGAGAGGGGAAGGGAGGCAGCGGAGAGGGGAAGGGAGGCAGCGGAGAGGGGAAGGGAGGCAGCGGAGAGGGGAAGGGAGGCAGCGGAGAGGGGAAGGGAGGCAGCGGAGAGGGGAAGGGAGGCAGCGGAGAGGGGAAGGGAGGCAGCGGAGAGGGGAAGGGAGGCAGCGGAGAGGGGAAGGGAGGCAGCGGAGAGGGGAAGGGAGGCAGCGGAGAGGGGAAGGGAGGCAGCGGAGAGGGGAAGGGAGGCAGCGGAGAGGGGAAGGGAGGCAGCGGAGAGGGGAAGGGAGGCAGCGGAGAGGGGAAGGGAGGCAGCGGAGAGGGGAAGGGAGGCAGCGGAGAGGGGAAGGGAGGCAGCGGAGAGGGGAAGGGAGGCAGCGGAGAGGGGAAGGGAGGCAGCGGAGAGGGGAAGGGAGGCAGCGGAGAGGGGAAGGGAGGCAGCGGAGAGGGGAAGGGAGGCAGCGGAGAGGGGAAGGGAGGCAGCGGAGAGGGGAAGGGAGGCAGCGGAGAGGGGAAGGGAGGCAGCGGAGAGGGGAAGGGAGGCAGCGGAGAGGGGAAGGGAGGCAGCGGAGAGGGGAAGGGAGGCAGCGGAGAGGGGAAGGGAGGCAGCGGAGAGGGGAAGGGAGGCAGCGGAGAGGGGAAGGGAGGCAGCGGAGAGGGGAAGGGAGGCAGCGGAGAGGGGAAGGGAGGCAGCGGAGAGGGGAAGGGAGGCAGCGGAGAGGGGAAGGGAGGCAGCGGAGAGGGGAAGGGAGGCAGCGGAGAGGGGAAGGGAGGCAGCGGAGAGGGGAAGGGAGGCAGCGGAGAGGGGAAGGGAGGCAGCGGAGAGGGGAAGGGAGGCAGCGGAGAGGGGAAGGGAGGCAGCGGAGAGGGGAAGGGAGGCAGCGGAGAGGGGAAGGGAGGCAGCGGAGAGGGGAAGGGAGGCAGCGGAGAGGGGAAGGGAGGCAGCGGAGAGGGGAAGGGAGGCAGCGGAGAGGGGAAGGGAGGCAGCGGAGAGGGGAAGGGAGGCAGCGGAGAGGGGAAGGGAGGCAGCGGAGAGGGGAAGGGAGGCAGCGGAGAGGGGAAGGGAGGCAGCGGAGAGGGGAAGGGAGGGAAGGGAGGCAGCAGAGAGGGGAUAA